ACUGCGAGGAAAGGGGGUGUGUGGGGAGACUGGGACAGAGGCAAAAACCCAUCCACCCACACCACACCCUGCUCCCAGUGUGUUAUUGUCAGACACACCCGUGCUGGUGGGGUCUGUGUCUCAUGAGUUUUGGGGUCGCCCAGGGCCCUGGUCUGAUUUCUGGGCAGGAUUCACAUCUCAGCCACACCGGAGUCACUGCUGCUUUGGGCAGGCAGGGAGUGUGGAUGGACCAAUGGGAUCAGCCUCUGCCUGCCUGUCCCUGGGGGCUGCUGCAGGAGACCAGGGCAGCUCAUUCUUUUUAGGUGAUGCCAUCAGAGGGCUCCUGCUGUUCCUAAGGGAGAGGGGUUUAAACGGCAGUGUGGAGAAAUCCCCCAAAGUGGCCUCUUUAGUUCUGCUUUUUUCCUAGUAUUUGGAUCAGAGAUACUGUUACUGGGAGGUUCUGAAGAGUCUGGGGGGGAAUCGGGGUAUGACAUGGACUGAAGCCCCUUCUGUAACCUUCCCAAUCGCCCCGACAAGCUGAAGAAUCACGUCCACAUUUCACUCCAGAUGGGCCCUUCUUCCAGGAGACAGGGAAAGGAAAUGUCUGUGAUGGAGCCAGCUCAGAUGCCGGUGACCUUCGAGGAGGUGGCUGUGUAUUUCACCCAGAGGCAGGGGGCUCUCCUGGACCCCACUCAGAGAGCCCUCUACAGGGAUGUCAUGCAGGAGAACUAUGAGAUGGUGACCUCGCUAGGAUUUCCCAUUCCCAAACCUGAGCUGAUCACCCGGCUGGAACGAGGGAAAGAGCCAUGGGUGCCCGAUCUCCGGCCCUGCAAUGAAAGAAGGCUUCCGAGAUGCACCCAUACAGAUGCUGAGCGACGGAGUGAGAAUGACGAGGGGAGUCCUCAUGAGGAAGUUCCCAGGGAAGUGGAAGGGCAGGGGACCUUUGUGGGAAGAGCUGAAGGGAAUUUUUCCCAGUGCUUAGAGCAGGCAGAAGCCUGGGGAAGUUCACACAGGUCGGAGAGGCUUCUGGGAAACCACCGAGGGAAGAAAGUGGAUGAAUCUAUUAAUGGUGAGGGAAGAGAGGAGGAUUCCAGAGCACUGCAGACAAAUCCCAAGGAAGAGACACCCUGGCACUACCUUCAGUGUGGGAAAGGAUUCAUUGUGAGAUCACAGCUUGUGACAGUUCAGACGAUCCAUAGUAGAGAGAAACCCCUUCAAUGCUUAUACCAUGGGGAAAGCUUCAAUAAGCUCUCAGAUCUUAAUAACCAUGGGAGAAGCCACACUGGAGAGAGAACCUGUCAAUCCCUUGAGUGUGGGAAAUGUUUCAUUUCGAAGACACAAAUAAUUAGACAUCAGUUAAGCCACACAAGGGAGAGACCACAUAAGUGCUUGGACUGUGGGAAAAGAUUCAUACAAAGGUCAGACCUUGUUAGACAUCAGGCAAUCCACACGGGAAAGAAACCCCACAAGUGCUUGGACUGUGGGAAAUGUUUCACAGACAGGUCAACCCUUGUUAAACAUCAGGCAAUCCACACAGGAGAAAGACUCCACAAGUGCUUGGACUGUGGGAAAAGUUUCAUACAAAGGUCAGACCUUGUUAGACAUCAGGCAAUCCACACAGGAAAGAAACCCCACAAGUGCUUGGACUGUGGAAAAUGUUUCACAGACAGGUCAAACCUUGUUCAACAUCAGGCAAUCCACACAGGAGAAAGACCCCACAAGUGUUUGGACUGUGGGAAAAGUUUCAUAAGAAAGUCAAACCUUGUUAAACAUCAGGCAAUCCACACAGGAGAGAGACCCCACAAGUGCCUGGACUCUGGGAAAAGUUUCAUACAGAGGUCACACCUAGCUCGUCAUCAGGCAAUCCAUCCAGGAGAGAGACGCCACAAGUGCUUGGACUGUGGCAAAAGCUUCAUAAGAAGUUCACACCUUGUUCAACAUCAGGCAAUCCACACAGGAGAGAGACCCCACAAUUGCUUGUAUUGUGGGAAAAGUUUCAUACAGAGGUCACACCUAGUUCGUCAUCAGGCAAUCCACACAGGAGAGAGACCCCACAAGUGCUUGGAUUGUGGAAAAAGUUUCAUACAGAUGUCACACCUUGUUAAACAUCAGGCAAUCCACGCACGAGAGACUCCAGAGGUGCUUGGACUGCUGAAAAAGAUUCAUAUGGAGGUCUGACCUCAUUAAAUAUGGAAGAAUCCCCACAGGAUCUAAACUUCUGUGUCACAUGGCAUGAAAGGGUUAAGCAACUUGCAUGUAAUUGACUGAGAUUCAAUUUUUAGAGAGAGAUUUAACAGUGUGUCGACCUUAGAUAAAGUAGAGUUUGAAAUGUAAA